AUGACGCAGCAAAUCGGCUGCUUCAGAGCAACCAAGCAACCAGUAGAAAAUGGCGGUGGUGACGCCGCUGAAAUUGCGAAAAAGGAGCGGAUUCCCCCGCUGUUUACCCCGAUGAAGGACGUCACCCAGCUUAGGGAUGAGCUGGCAAAACGCAAAUUGUUCCCGCGAUUCAAAAUCUGUAGCGUUGGAACAAAGAUCAUGUGCUCCAGCCUACAGCAGUACAAGUCGGUCGGUGACCUGCUGAAGAACAGCACAGUGGAGUUUUACACUCACGAUUUGCCUUCGAUGAAACCAUUGAAGGUUGUUUUACGAGGUCUGCCGUCGUACAAAGCGGCUACCGUAAAAGAUGAGCUGGUGAGGCUCGGAUUGAAACCAGAGGCAGUCCACCCAAUGAAUCGACGGCCUAUGCCCAAUACCAACUAUCGUGACCAACUGUUUCUGGUCCACCUUACGAAGGGCUCCACCACCCUUGCUGCGCUCAAGAGCAACAUACGUGACCUGUUUCAGGUCAUUAUCGACUGGGAAUACUACAAGCCGUAA